AUGGGCCAAGAGCUGAAUCACUAUGCUCUUCCGUGGCGCAACGACAUCUUCAUCAACGCCCGUGCUCACAACGCCAUCCCACCACGCCACAGCGCCAACAUUGGCCGCGUCGCCCACGACGUGGCCAACCUCUCCAUCCAGGACAAGACGCAGAAGGGGAAGGAAGAGGAGAACCAACGUCACGCCUCGGCGCCAAGCACUCAACCAGGGGCGCAGGCCUGUGAUCAGGCUACAGUUCCGGCCCCUGCUCCCCGCUCCACCAACAUCUCGGGGGAGCAGCUCAAGGAUGCUCUCGCCAAGGCCAACCCUGCUAGUGGCCCUCGCACCAAGCAAGUACCUGGAGAUGGGAAAGGUGGGAUGACCACUAAAGCCAUCCAGGAAGCUGCUGCCAAGAUCGCCGGCAUCCUGAACAACAAUGAAGCUGUCAAGAAUAAGCCCAAGAACAAGCACGGCCACGACAGCAUCCAGAAGCAACCUGACAUGAUCACGCAGAAGAACAAGAUAGCCCGCUGGAAGAGGACCACAAGGAAGAUAGAUGAAGCAGACAAGAUUGCUAAUGCGGUGUACCCAACCCAGGAAGGAGGCCUGGGGGCUACACGCACUAGGAACAGGCAGGAUGAAGAAGAUAACCAGUUCCAGCCAUCCUCAAAGAGACACUACUUCCCAGUGCCGUCUCUUGAGGAGUGCCUGGGAGCAGACAACCUCCGCAAGCUUAGAGAGGAGGAGGAUCAACACCUGAAGAACCAGAUGCAAGAUCAUACUAAGGAGGAAGAAGAGGUUGCUGAAUCCUAUGUGCAGAUCACAGGAGAUAACCAGAAGGAUGGACCGGAAGAGGAAGGCUCGGAGGAAGCAGCAGAAGAGGAGGCAGCCAGCCCAGGGGCCGCUGGCCAACUGACCGGUGCGAAGGAGCGCACCGGAUGCCCCUGGACGUAUGAUAACAAACAAGCUGACCCAAAUAAUGUUAGAGUGAGAUUGGACAGAGUGGUGGCCUGUCCAGAUUGGUAUGAGACCUACUGGGAAAGGGAACCAUGUCUCUCAGAUGAGAUAAACACUGCUUGGGAAGCCCACAAUAAACCAAAUGAUCUUGGGGAUGUCAUGAAAAACCUGCAGGGAGUUAUGUCAUACCUCCACACUUGGAGCAAGCGCACCAUCGGUCACAUUCCCAAGCAGAUCAAGAUAAAGAGAAAACAGCUUGAAGAGGCCAACAGGAAAAAUGAUAGCGUGAGUAGGACAAAAGCAAAGAAACUUUGUCAUGAGAUUGACGAGCUGCUAGAGAAGGAAGAACUGAAAUGGAGGCAGAGGUCCAGGGUUAAUUGGCUGCAAGCCGGCGAUCGCAACACCAACUACUUCCACCGUAAGGCGACUUGGAGAGCCAAGAAAAAUAGAAUCAACCAACUCGUGGAUGACAAGGGCAAGCUGACCAAAGAUGAAACAAAAAUGCAGGAAUUAGCCAACACUUUUUUCAAAGAGUUAUACACAGUCGACCACUCUGUCCAGCCCAGCCUGAUUACAAAUUUAUUCCACAAAGUUAUCACCCCUGAGAUCAACAAUAUGCUUUGCUCCCGGUUCACUGAUGAUGAAAUCAGCUUUGCCCUCUUCCAAAUUGGCCCCACCAAAGCUCCAGGCCCCGAUGGAUUUCCAGCGUGUUUCUACCAAAGAAACUGGGGAACCCUGAAGAAGGACAUUAUCAACGCUGUCAGAAAUUUCUUUGAAGAGGGUGUGAUGCCCAAAGGAGUAAAUGAGACUGCUAUUGUCCUAAUCCCAAAAAUGAAGAACCCACAAAGCAUCAAAGAUUUCAGACCAAUAAGUCUAUGCAACGUGGUUUACAAGGUAGUUUCAAAAUGCAUUGUCAACAGAAUGAGGCCGCUUCUCCAAGACAUCAUCUCGGAAACCCAGAGCGCGUUUGUCCCUGGUAGAAUGAUCACCGACAAUGCCAUCAUCGCAUUUGAGUGUUUUCAUGCUUUACAAAAUGGAAACAAGAACCCGGGAAAGUUUUGCGCUUACAAAUUGGAUCUAAUGAAGGCCUAUGACCGAGUUGACUGGGGCUUUCUUGAAGAUGCGCUGAGAUGCAUGGGAUUCAAUGAACAGUGGAUCAAAUGGAUCAUGCAAUGCAUAAAAACCAUCAAUUUCUCUGUCAAAUUUAAUGGGAAACUUCUGGAUUGCUUCUCCCCUUCCAGAGGCCUUCGACAAGGUGACCCACUAUCCCCCUACCUGUUUCUGCUUGUAGGAGAAAGUCUCUCAGCCCUCCUCAACAGAAGUAUUACUGCAAAACUGAUUCAAGAACUCAACAUCAGUAGAAAGGGACCAGGAAUAUCCCACCUUCUAUUUGCCGAUGACAGCCUGCUCUUUUUUAGAGCUGACAGUGAGCAAGCAAAACAUAUCCGUGAGGUGCUUACACUCUAUGAGAAGGGAACUGGGCAGCUACUAAGCCCUGCAAAAUGUUCUCUACUCCUUGGACAACACGUCUCCGAUAAAGAUGGUAAGGAGGUCGCAGCCAUCCUUGAUGUUGCAAAAAUGACUUUGGAAGACAAGUAUCUUGGUAUGCCUAUCCCUGAAGGUUGCAUUAAAGAGGGAAAGCUGAAAUCUUCAAAAGAAAAACUCAGGAAGAAAUGUUCUGACUGGAAUGAAAAGUACAUGUCAGGGGCAGCCAAAGAGACUCUGAUAAAAGCAGUCGCCCAGUCCAUCACCAACCAUGCUAUGAGUGUCUUCAAAUUCCCGGCUGGACUGUGUGAUGAGCUGACCAAAAUAAUCAGAGACUUUUGGUGGGGUGAUGAGGAUGAUCAGAGGAAAGUCCACUGGUUAGCUUGGAAUAAAAUCACUAGACCCAAAAAAAUAGGCGGCAUUGGUUUCAAGGACCUGAGAAUGUUCAACAAGGCCCUUCUUGCAUGGCAAGCCUGGCGUCUGUUACAGAUGCCGGAAACCUUAUGCGCUAGACUCCUAAAAGCAAAAUACUACCCUAAUGGUCAGCUUCUAGAUACUGUAUUUCCCAACAACACCUCCCCGUGUUGGCAAGGAAUCAACCAUGGGAUUGAGCUCCUCAAACAGGGCAUAAUCUGGAGAAUUGGAAAUGGCUCCAAAGUUAGAAUUUGGAGAGAUAACUGGCUGCCCAGGGGAAACCAUAAGGUGAUUGGAAAGGCGGGAAAACAAAGACUCAGAUGGGUUUCCGAGCUGAUCAAUAAAACCUCAAAUACUUGGGACGAAAAUACCAUUCGCUCCCUGUUCCAUCCCCCUGAUGCUGAUGAAAUCAUGAAAAUUUGCCUAUCUCCAAACCAACACGAUGAUUGCAUUGCGUGGGCUCAUGAAAUCAAUGGAGUAUUCUCUGUUCGAAGCGCAUACAGACUGGGAAUGCAAAUCCAAGAGUUGGAAAAUCAAUGUUCUUCUAGCUCCAAUCCUGAUGGAGAGAGACAUAUGUGGAACCUCAUUUGGAAGGCCAAUGUUCCACCGAAGCUGAAAGUUUUCUGUUGGAAGCUUGCCACCAACUCGCUUGGAGUUCAGACCCAUCGCUGCAGUAGAAAUAUGGACCUGCUCCCUACCUGUACUGUUUGCGGCAUGGAACCUGAGGAUGCUUACCAUGCUGUCAUGAACUGUACCAAAGCGUACGCUCUUAGACAACAUGUUAGGAAAAGCUGGAGCCUCCCUCAUGAGGAUCAACUCGGAAACACUGGCAGUGACUGGGUGCUGCUCCUUCUCAACCAGAGUGACGAAGUGACAAGAUCCAAGCUGAUUUUCAUUUGGUGGCGGGCAUGGCAUUUGAGGAACAAUUCAAUCUUUGGGGAUGGAAAAUGUGGAAUCCAGCAAUCUGCAAACUUCAUUGUUUCUUACCUCGAAAGCUUCACCCACGGAAAACCCAGAUCUCUACCUUAUGACGAGAAAGGAAAGGCUGUUGUUACUGACAGUGGCAAGGGUACCAUCAAUAAAAUACCUCCCAAACCCUGGACUCCUCCGAUACGUGAUUGGCUGAAGUUGAACGUCGACGCAAGUUUCAUCCAGGAUCGGAACGAAGGCUCCUGGGGAGCGAUUAUGAGAAAUCACAGAGGGGAGAUAGUCGCCUCAGCCUGGGGAGUUCUUAAAAACUGUCCCAAUGCUCUCAUGGCUGAAGGGCUGGCUGCCUUGAACGGCAUUAGGAACACCAUGGCCUUUGCAAACUCGCACACGAUCAUUGAAUGUGAUAAUGCCUCUGUUAUUAAUGAGUUUGCCUUGCAGGAUGACAGCAGAUCCGAGCUUAGCUUCAUAAUCAAAGAUGCCAAAAAUCUGCUACGUUGGUUCCCUGGUUUUACUGUCAAGAAAGUGCAUAGAUCGGGCAACUCGGCAGCCCACGAAUUAGCUAAGUAUGCCAGGAAUAUGAACUGUGAUAGUACAAGUUGUAACCCUAUUCCUUCCUGCGUGUUGGACAUAGUUCUUGCUGAAUGCAUCUCUGCCUGUAACUCCAACUUGAUUGUCUAA